AGCUUCAAAAGCUUCACCAAAAACCCUCCUCCUCGUCGCCGGCGCCGGGAUCCACGAUGCUGCAAAGCAAGUCCUUUGUCAAGAAAACCAAGCAAGGGAGGCUUCUGAAGGUUGUGCGGGAACACUACUUGCGCGACGACAUUUACUGCGGCGCCCUCUCAUGUACGUCCUGUGACACCUCCGCCGCUCGCCUCAGCCCGCCGGAGUCCGCCUCUAUCAUCAUCGUUGAUACCAACGUCGUGCUCAAUCAGAUUGAUUUGUUGGAGAAUCCUGCGAUCGAUAAUGUUGUGGUGUUGAAUGUCGUGCUGGAGGAGGUGAAGAACAAGAACCUUCCGGUUUAUAAUCGUCUCAAGUCGCUUUGUAGUAAUUCAGCGAGGAAGUUCUUUGUGUUCUCUAAUGAGCAUCAUAGGGAUACUUAUGUGAAGGAGAUGGUAGGGGAGAGUCCGAAUGAUCGGAAUGAUAGAGCAAUCAGAGUGGCUGCUCGUUGGUACCAAAACCACUUGGGUGGGCAGGGUAAUGUUUUGCUCAUUACCAAUGACAAGGAUAAUAGAAGAAAAGCAGUUGAAGAGGGGCUUUCUGCGGAAACCAUUGAAUCAUAUGUGAGGUCUCUUGGGAGACCUGAUUUACUUGACCUGGUUGCACUUCCCACUUUACAAGAUGUAAAUAUGGACGAUGUGGAAGAUUUGAGGCCAUCAAAGAGGAAACUUAUAUACAGUGAGCAUAAACCAAUGUCAGAGAUCACGGCAGGUUUGCUUCGUGGAAUUUUUCAUCAAGGAAAGCUACGUGUCAAUCGCUACAAUCCACUUGAAGCAUAUGUUGGAAGUGAAAGUAUUGGUGAUGAGAUUGUUAUUUAUGGUAGAACUCAUAUGAAUAGGGCUUUUGAUGGAGACAUAGUUGCUGUGGAGCUCUUGCCACAGGAGCAGUGGCGGGAAGCAAAAUCCUUGAUUGUUGUGGAUGGUGAUGAUGAUGAUGAGGAAGAAGAUGUUCGUUUGGUUCCAAGUAGUGCUGAUGAUGCUCCAAGGAAUACAGAUCCGGCACAAAGUGCUUCGACAGCUCCGAAUCCUGAAUCCUUUCGUCCAUCUGGACGUGUGGUUGGCAUUAUAAAGCGUAAUUGGCAGUCUUAUUGCGGGUCUUUGGAGCCAAUGCCCAUGCCAGCAGGUAAUGGUGGCAUUGCUCAUGCAUUGUUUGUCAGCAAAGAUCGCAGAAUCCCGAAAAUUCGGAUUCAAACAAGACAACUUGGGAAUCUUCUGGAUAAGAGAAUUAUUGUUGCUGUUGAUUCAUGGGACUGCUUGUCUCGGUAUCCAUCGGGACACUAUGUCCGCACCAUAGGAGAGAUUGGUGAUAGAGAUACUGAAACUGAGGUGGUGUUGAUCGAGAAUGACAUUAACUCAAGGCCUUUUUCUGCACAAGUUCUUGCUUGUUUGCCACCUUUACCUUGGACAUUAUCUGCUGAAGAUCUUGCUAAUCCAAAUAGACAAGAUCUCCGGCAACUGAGGGUUUUCAGUGUGGAUCCACCAGGAUGUAAGGAUAUUGAUGACGCAUUGCAUUGUACACCUCUUCCAAAUGGUAACUUUGAAGUGGGAGUCCAUAUUGCUGAUGUUACACAUUUUGUUCACCCUGGCACUUCUCUCGAUGAGGAGGCUGCACAAAGGGGAACAUCUGUUUAUCUUGUUGAGAGGCGAAUUGACAUGCUUCCUAAACCUCUGACUGAAGAUGUAUGUUCCCUCCGCUCUGAUGUGGAAAGGCUGGCGUUCUCUGUUGUUUGGGAAAUGACACCUAAUGCAGAUAUCAUAUCCACAAGAUACACAAAAAGUGUAAUUAAAUCCUGUGCUGCUUUGUCUUAUGUGGAAGCUCAAGCAAGGAUGGAUGAUAGUCGCUUGAUGGAUUCAUUAACAACUGAUCUGCGAAAUUUAAAUUGUCUGGCAAAGAUCAUGAGGCAAAGACGGAUAGAAAGAGGAGCACUAACUCUUGCUUCUGCAGAAGUCAAAUUCCAAAUUGAUACUGAAACUCAUGACCCUCUGGAUAUUGGAAUGUAUCAGAUUCGAGAAGCAAAUCAAAUGAUUGAAGAGUUUAUGCUUGCAGCUAAUGUUUCAGUUGCGGAGAAAAUCUUGACACAUUUCCCUCUUUGCUCCUUGCUCAGGCGCCAUCCGAGUCCAACCAAGGAGAUGCUUGAGCCUCUGUUGCGGACAGCUGCUGCUGUUGGCCUGGAUUUGGAUGUUUCAUCUUCAAAAGCACUUGCAAAUUCACUUGAUCAUGCAGUGGGUGACGAUCCAUACUUCAACAAGCUAAUCAGGAUUUUGGCCACUAGGUGCAUGACUCAGGCAGUUUAUUUUUGCAGUGGAGAUUUAAGCCGGUCUGAAUUUUACCACUAUGGGCUUGCUUCACCUCUUUAUACCCAUUUCACAUCUCCUAUACGGCGAUAUGCAGAUGUUAUUGUUCAUAGAUUGCUAGCAGCAGCUCUUGGAAUAUCCGCGCUGCCACCAGUUUUUCAAGAUGGUCCCCAACUUACGGGCAUUGCAGAUAAUUUGAACUAUCGUCACCGAAAUGCCCAGAUGGCUAGCCGAGCCUCAGUUGAACUCCACACACUAAUCUUUUUUAGGAAACGGCCAACUGACACAGAAGCAAGGAUAGUGAAGAUUCGGUCAAAUGGGUUCAUAGUCUUUGUUCCCAAGUUCGGUAUUGAAGGGCCGGUAUAUCUAACACGAAGAGGGGAGAACGGUGGUGAAUGGAUGGUCGAUGAUGUUAAUCAGAGAGUGACAAAGCCAGGCACCAACAUCACAUACGCUGUGCUCCAAACUGUCAGAAUUCAUAUGGAGGUGGUUGAACCUCAACCUAACCGGCCUAAGCUUGAACUCACUCUGUUGUAACAAUAAUCUAUCUUUCCAUUUUUCCUGAUGUGUAGAGAAAAGACUGAUCUUUUCUUCUCACCCUUUACGGGAUUUUAUUCCUCUAGGAAAUUUUGUACUUGCUAUGCAAAUAUAUUCAUUUCCACUGUUAUUGUUAUAAGAUUUUGGCUAUGAAGCAACAAAAAUUGUGAUA